AUGGCGGCGGAGAACGGGCGGUGGAGGGCUGUCUGUAGAUCUGUGACUGUGUGGUGUGUGUGCGUCGUCGUCCUGCCCGGAACAAUCCUCCGCGAUGCCGGCCGUGAGGACAUCUCCGACGCCGCCGGUGUGACAUAUGUCGACCGUCAGGUGCAGGCGCCGCCGUGUGUCUCGCCGGAGGAGACGAACUUCUCGUCGAAUUUGAGCGGCGGGGGUCGGUGGAUAAAGAAGGGCGGCGCCGGCACUGGCGUUCUCAACCAUAGUGGAAAAAUCUCGCGCACUACGUCAUUUGUGGUCGUGAUGGACAUUGGCAUCGAAGACGUCGAAGUACUCGUUAUUGUUGAAUAA